CUGCGCAGGCGCCAAUAGAGGCUGGCGGGAUUUAGUACCAUGGCGUGGGUUCCAGCCGAGUCUGCGGUGGAAGAGUUGAUGCCACGGUUGUUACCUGUGGAGCCCUGUGACUUGACGGAAGGUUUCGAUCCCUCGGUACCCCCCAGGACGCCUCAGGAAUACCUGAGAAGGGUGCAGAUCGAAGCAGCACAGUGUCCAGAUGUUGUGGUAGCCCAGAUUGACCCAAAGAAGUUGAAAAGGAAGCAAAGUGUGAACAUUUCUCUUUCGGGAUGCCAGCCUGCACCUGAAGGUUAUUCCCCAACACUUCAGUGGCAGCAACAACAAGUGGCACAUUUUUCAACUGUUCGACAGAGUGUACACAAGCAUAGAAAUCACUGGAAAUCCCAACAGUUGGAUAGUAACGUUACAAUGCCAAAAUCUGAAGAUGAAGAAGGCUGGAAAAAAUUUUGUCUGGGUGAAAGGUUAUGUGCUGAAGGAGCUACUGGACCAUCUACAGAUGAAAGCCCCGGGAUCGAUUAUGUCCAAGUUGGCUUUCCUCCCUUGCUGAGUAUUGUAAGCAGAAUGAAUCAGGCAACCAUUACUAGUGUCUUGGAAUAUCUAAGUAAUUGGUUUGGAGAAAGAGAUUUUACUCCAGAAUUGGGAAGAUGGUUUUAUGCUUUGUUGGCUUGUCUUGAAAAACCUUUGUUACCUGAGGCUCAUUCACUGAUUCGACAGCUAGCAAGAAGAUGUUCUGAAGUGAGGCUCCUGGUGGGAAGUAAAGACGAUGAAAGAGUCCCAGCUUUGAAUCUGCUGAUCUGCUUAGUUAGCAGGUAUUUUGAUCAACGUGACUUAGCGGAUGAGCCAUCCUGAUAGAGCGUAUCUCCUAGGGGUGGAAGACAAUUCUGUGAAGGGAGCCUAAGGCUGAAGAAGCAUAAUUCCAACCAGAUGACAGAUUGUAUCACUUCUUCAAGUUAUGGGAAGGGUUUCAUCUUAAUCUGCAGCUCAAGUCCAUAUUCAGAAUAUAGACUUGAUUGGUGUCUGAAAUGUCUAUGAAAAAGUCUACCUGGAAUCUGAUGAGCAGUUGGAACAGUUUUCUUCAGUUGCAUGCAUUGAAAAGAGGUCAAGUGUGACUUAUCACUUAAGCAGCUUGUAUAAAAACUGAUGACAUUUUGUACAGGUCCCUGGUGCUGCUCCAUUGGUUUUUUACAAGUAUACAUAUAUAUUUGUGUUGAAAUGUAUUUUGGCUAUGGAAAUUCUUUUUGACUCCUGAACAAAAUAAAACAGCUGAAAUGGCAAAUCUGUUCAUAGUCAACAAGACUAAUCCGGUGUUCCUGUUUAAACUCAGUAGUUUUAGUUCACACCACCAAAACUUGUAAGAAAUCAUUUUCUGUAAUGUCGUAGUAAGCAAUGCAUGGCAGUGCACACUUGGGAUCCCAGCAUCUUGGUUCUAAGCCAUUGAAGGAUACAUAAUAAGAGUCUACCUCAAAAAACCAAGGACUGGAGGUGGAACAGCAGUCAAGAGCGCUUGCUGCUCUUGAGAGGACUUGGGUUCAAUCCGAACACCUAUAUAGCAACUGACACCAGUUCCGGAGGAUCUGACACCUUCUUCUGUCUUACUGAUGUCAGGCACGUAUAUGGUAUACAUAAAGACAAAACACUUCUAUACAUCAAAAAUAAAUCUUCAAGUUAAUAUCUAAAAACAA